UACAACAAUGGCGUGAUAAGCACAAUGUGAAUUUUUUAUUAAAUAAAAUGUUCCAAAUUACCAAAAAAAAUUACAGUACCUAUUUUUCAUACCUAAAUCAUGAGAUAUCCGCCAUGUAAUUUGGUAAAAAAUUUGUUGAAAUGCACAAAUCUCAGCGCACCACUUAAAAAUGGGCUUCGGCAUGUAAAUGAUGCAGGGCCACUCACAUAUAGGAGUGCGUCCAAUACUUCGGAGUUAAAGUUGCCCACAUCGGCGUCAUUUAUACAGAAUGAUAGUAAAGGCACCGUCGUUCUACUUGGCACAGUACAUUUUAGCAAAAAAUCUAUUGAAGAUGUAACAGAAAUAGUUAACGGCUUAACGCCAAAUGCAAUUCUAAUAGAGCUAUGUCGUCAAAGAGUAUCUCUCUUGGAACUAGAUGACAAAAAGUUCUUAGAAGAUGCCAAAAAGUUUGACGCAAAAAAAGUAAGGCAAGCUGUUAAAGGACAGAAUUUUGUGUCUGGUAUGUUACAUGCAAUGUUACUCAAGACCUACGCAGAUAUAGCAAAAGAAUUGGGGGUUGCACCAGGGGGAGAGUUCAGGAGGGCUUAUCAUGAGAUGAAGAAAAUACCAGGCUGCAAGUUGUUCCUUGGCGACAGGCCGAUAAAUAUAACAAUUGCACGGGCUUUUCAAUCACUUAGCGUCAUAGAAUUAGGUCAAGUACUGUAUCAUUUGUCUCAUGCGAAACCAAAACCCCUAGAUAAAAAUCAGUUAGAAAAGUAUAAAAAUAAAGAUUAUAUACAAGCCCAAUUCGAUGAAAUCACAAGAGAAGUACCGGCUUUCAAAAAAAUAUUUAACGUUUUCGUGGACGAACGUGACAAAUGUUUGGCCUAUUCCUUACAGGAGUGUGUUCGCGCAGUUCCAAACCCACGAGUAUUGGCUGUAGUCGGCAUGGGUCAUGUUGAAGGCAUUUUAAAGUAUUACGGGAAAAUGAAGCAAGAAGAUAUAGUGCCAUUACUUUUGUUGCCAAAGCCUCCUUGGUAUAACGUUUUAUUACGAUUGGGUUUGAAAUUCACAUUUUAUUUCCUAGUAUUUUCUUUCUUUUAUAGGUUAUUUAUUGAAUAAUCUCGUACGCGAUUUGUAACUGUAUACAAAAACAUUAUAAAUAAAAUAAAAUUGUAUUAUUAUUACAAUUAAAAAUUGCAUAAACAAAUUAGUUUUAAAUUUAAUUUUUUAUUAUAUUUCUUAUAAAUACC